AAAUAAGUAGGAAUGGGCAGUGGUUGUUCACAUUCAGCACACCUUUUCCAUUUGCUAAUAAGGUCCUGCCAGACUGGAAAGGAGUUGUCCCUGUCUGACUCUGGAGUGAGGAGCCACUGCAAUAAUCCACCGGCACCAUGAAACUGCUUCAAGUGACCAUCCUUUGUCUUCUUGUUUCCAGUAUUCUUCAUACCAGUGAAGGCGACGGUGAGCAAAUCAAAACCACUCCUCCAUUAAACACAUCAGUACUUUCUGCAGCAAAAACACCUGUCCCAGGAACACUCAUGACGUCAUCACCAGAUGCUGUGACGACACCAGCAGUUGGCACAUCUCCCAGAGGAACAACUACCAGGGGGUCCUUACAAACUUCACUGCCACCAAUUACUUCCUUAACCACUACAGUUAAAGGGAAAGGAGCCACAACCAAUGAUGUCACGAAGACACACUUCACCACCGCAAGUAUAAUAGUAAGAAAUGUUUCACUUCCAAGUGUUGUUUCAACAUUACAAAGUUCCCAACACAAGACUGAGAACCUGAGUUCAAUCAAUGCAACACAAAUACCAGUUAGCAGUAUACAACCAAAUGCCUCCACUUCUAAUACUAGUUUAUUGUCCUCAAUAUCAACAACAAUUCCAGAAAACAUCUCACCAUCUCAAGGCACUGAGAAUGAAAAAAAGGAAAGUUCUUCUUCAACCAACCCCUCCCAUUCCAGUAUUAUUUUGCCGGUGGUUAUUGCUUUGAUUGUACUAACACUUUCAGUAUUUGUUCUGGUGGGUUUGUAUCGAAUGUGCAGGAAGACAGACCCAGGCACACCAGAAAAUGGAAACGACCAACCUCAGUCUGAUAAGGAGAGUGUGAAGCUUCUCACAGUUAAGACAAUUUCUCAUGAGUCUGGUGAGCACUCUGCACAAGGAAAAACCAAGAACUGACAGCUUGAUGAAUCCUCCCCACACCUGGGCAGUAAAUAUGCUUAAUCUUCAGCUUCUAUGCUCCAGGAGUAGAAAGAGAGACAGCUCUGUGGAAUUGAUUCUAACUUCCAGUCCUGCUCACUAGUCUACACCAAUCACCUGUCCCAACAAAGCAACAUCCAGAUGACAUGCAAUAACCUGACAGAAUAAAAAAAAAUCCUGGGUAUCCCCUGUCCUUUGAGACAGGAAAGAGUAUAUUUGUACAUUUUAUAAGAACGUUCUCUGGAGAACAAAUUUUAGGAAAGGUGUUUGUGAGCAGUUAACCUGAGAGCCCUGGGUGUGUGGGUUCACUGAUGUUAUGAACUUUCCUUGAGUUUAUAGUUUCCAGAGCUGACAGUUUGUAUCCAUAGGGACUUUCCUACUUUUUUGGUGUUCUUCUAUUACCUAAUGUUUGUAUUUAUUGUUUUCCACUAUGUUAAUACAGGGAAAAUCUGCAAGUGUAUUAUUAAAUAUUAGAUAGAAAUCAUGAUGGGUCACUUUGUACAUAAAGAUAUUUUAUUUGUAUUUUCAUGUGUUACUUGUAAUAAAUAAUUACUGUAUUCAACACACUAAAA